AGUCGCCCUCCUCCCCAUCAUGAUACCCUCCAAUGGAAUACCCCAGUGGCUGACUCGGUCGAAUAUAGAGAGUUGGAGCAGGAGCUCGUUCCUGAGUGGAGGGCGAAGUAUCUGGACUAUAAGACCGGCAAGAAAAAGGUCAAGGCAAUCACUCGCGCCCUCCAGAAGGCAAACCGAAGCCCUCAUACUCCGUCGAUUCGGCAGCACCUUCCAUCCACCCAUGGCGCCAUCAAUCCCUCUCUCACGCCGUCCAACUCCGACAAACCCUUGGAAGCGACAGAUUUCAACGGUUCCGUGACGCCCAGGCGGACCAAUUCGAACUCUCCAUCGGCGAAUCGAUCGACUCCUAUUCCGCGGACCGAACGCCAGCCAUUACGCACACCGGGGUCGCGCUUCUCGGAGACGUUAGGCACAUAUGGGAGUAUACUGGCCACACCGCCACAACCUGGGGCACCAUCCGAUGUCGGCUCCUUUGAGCUACCUGACCCGGCCCUCGACCUAGAAGAAUCUGUGCCACCAGAGGAAGGCCCAGGGCGUCCGGAAGUUCGAACUCCGUCGCCAGUCAUGGCCCGACAUGCAACUUUUGGCACACCACCGACCCAUGUUGUGUCCAGUAGUCCGCCAAACCAACCGCUGCCGGGGUUUCAACAAACCACGACCCAGAGUCCUCAAGAUGAACCUUUGACAAAGACGACGUCAGUGAAACGUACCUCUCAGCUCCUGCGUCGUGUCCUAUCUCACCCCGAUGGUCAAGCAAUGGGUAAGAAGGGGCUUGCUGACUCCGCCCUGGAGGUGGAGCGUCGGCAGGAUGAGUUUUUUGCCUUCCUUGAUGGCGAGUUGGACAAAAUCGAUUCGUUCUACCAGAUGAAGGAGCAGGAGGCUACCGACAGAUUGAAGGUCCUGCGCCAACAACUCCACAUAAUGAGGGAUCAGCGCAUUCAGGAGGUGCUCGCUGCCAAACGAGCCAACAAACGAAUCAACCAUGACUCUUCGAACGGAUCCAAUGGAUUUGGAAAAUUCAACAGCUCACGGAUUAGGGAUACAUUCACAGGGAAGACUCGGAUCGGUAAGAACUCAGAGGCGCUAGCUCAGAUGGCAACCCCGGGGAUGCAUGCAAGGGACCGAGAGUUCAUCUUGAAUCGGAGAGACUUUAUGCGGCGGCAGGACCCGCCAAGUAAUGAUGUAUCGUAUCGAUCUGCGAAGCGGAAGCUUAAACAUGCCCUUCAAGAGUUUUAUCGAGGUAUCGAAUUGCUCAAGGGAUAUGCUUAUCUCAACCGAACUGCCUUCCGCAAGAUCAACAAGAAGUAUGACAAGGCGGUUAACGCGCGACCCCCGCUACGAUACAUGUCGGAUCGAGUCAACAAGGCGACUUUUGUACAGAGUGAAGUAAUUGAAAGCCUGAUGGUGGCAGUGGAAGACCUAUAUGCACGAUAUUUCGAGCGUGGAAACCGCAAAAUCGCCGCAUCGAAACUUCGUCAUACCCUUAAGAAGACCGGCGACUUUUCGCCAAGCACCUUCCGCGCGGGUCUUUUGCUGAUGGCUGGUGCCUUAUUCGCUGCCCAGGCGCUGGUAUACGCAUCGCAGAAUUUACACGCCGUUGAAGUAUACAAGCAAGUUUGGACUAGUUAUUUGCUACAAAUCUAUGGAGGAUACUUCCUCAUUGUGUUUCAUUUCUUGCUAUUUUGUUUGGAUUGCAUGAUCUGGACAAAAUCAAAAAUUAACCAUGCAUUUGUUUUUGAAUAUGACACCAGACACACUUUAGAAUGGCGCCAGUUGCUAGAGAUUCCAUCUUUUUUCAUUUUUCUCAUGGGUCUUUUCAUGUGGCUUAAUUUCUCAUGGUUUAAUGCCAUGUACAUAUACUGGCCUGUUGUGCUUAUCGGCAUAACUCUCAUCAUCGUCUUCUUACCUGCCCGGGUGUUAUAUCAUCGCAGCCGGAAGUGGUGGGCCUUUUCGAAUUGGCGCCUUUUACUUGCUGGGAUAUACCCCGUUGAGUUUCGUGACUUCUUUCUCGGUGAUAUGUACUGCUCUCAGACCUAUGCCAUGGGGAAUAUCGAGCUCUUCUUCUGUCUUUACGCCUCGUAUUGGCACGACCCUCUCCAAUGUAACUCGUCUCACUCGCGACUGCUCGGCUUCUUCACAUGUUUGCCUGCUGUUUGGAGAGCUUUCCAAUGUAUACGCCGUUACGUGGACACAAAGAAUGCCUUCCCUCAUCUUCUUAAUCUAGGGAAGUACAUCUUCAGUGUUCUAUACUAUGCCACCCUGAGCAUGUACCGCAUCGACAAGCAUACCCGCUUUCAAGCAUCGUUCAUCACGUUUGCCCUGCUGAAUGCCGUGUACACUUCGGUGUGGGAUCUUAUCAUGGACUGGAGUCUAGGUAACGCAUACGCCAAGCAUCCUCUCCUGCGUGAAGUCCUCGCCUUUCGGCGAGUGUGGGUAUACUAUGCGGCAAUGGUUCUGGAUGUUAUCAUCCGAUUUAAUUGGAUUUUCUACGCCAUCUUCAGCAAUGACAUCCAGCAUUCAGCCGUGCUUAGCUUUUGCGUUUCGCUAUCCGAAGUGUUCCGCCGUGGCGUGUGGUCCAUUUUUCGCGUCGAGAACGAACACUGCACAAACGUUCUUCUUUUCCGUGCCUCGCGAGAUGUUCCCCUUCCAUACGAUAUCCCCUCGCUUACCCCGGGCUUGGAUGGUGUGAACGCAAACGACGUACAACUACAGGAACAACAUGUCACAACACCAUUUAUGUCUCCAGGGGACAUCGAAACCGCGCCAUCGCCACUGCCGUCUAGCCUACGCGCUCGGAACCGCCGUCCUUCCGCAAGUAUCAGUCGUAUGGGCACCAUCGUUGCAUCUGCCCAUGCCCAGGACUUUGAGCGGCGACGACUCCCGUCAUACCUUUCCAGCGCGACUGUGGCCCAAGAUCUGACUCGUAGCACGGAAGAUACGAGCGAUGAGGAAGAGGAGGCUGGCCUCACUUCGGAUGAUGAAUCCGGGUCCACUGCUGGCACUGGAGAUGAGGAGCCGCAUGAGCACCCUGAAGGACGAUCUGCUAUGCAUCGUAUUGAAGAAUAA